CCCCACUCUUUUUGGGCUCCUCUUUGCCGCCGCUCUUAACGAUGCCGGAGGUCGAUAAGAGGGCACAUCCAACGGACGGCCAGGAUGUACCGCCGGCCAGCGACACAGCAGCGCUUGAGAAGCAGGAGAUCCCCGUCGGCACGGCCGCCGUGGUCGACAAGCCCGCGGCGGCCGACUUGCCCAUGUCGACCACGGCGGCCGACUUGCCCAUGAAUCACGACGACGGCGUCGAUGCGGCGGUGCCUCUGGUGAGCCCCACCUCGAACCAGCUCACGCUCCUCUACCAAGGAGAGGUCUACGUCUUCGAAUCCGUCUCACCCGAAAAGGUGCAAGCUGUAUUGUUACUAUUGGGAGGAUGUGAAAUGCCUGUUCUAGCUGGCAUGGCACUACCCUUUCUGCAGGAUGAUAGGCACACAACUAUGCCAGCAAAGAGGAUUGCUUCGCUGAUUAGAUUUAGAGAGAAGAGAAAGGAGAGAUGUUUUGAUAAGAAAAUUCGAUACAAUGUCCGCAAGGAGGUAGCUCUCAGGAUGAAGCGCCGGAAGGGGCAGUUUGCUGGGAAGGCCAAUCCUGAGGAUGAGGCAUCAGCCUCUUCAAGUUGUGAUCCUGCUCAAAACUUUAGUUAUGAUGAUAAUCCUCGAGAAACAAAGAAUUGCCAAAACUGUGGCAUUAGUGAGAAAAUGACACCAGCAAUGCGUCGUGGACCAGCUGGUCCAAGGUCUCUUUGCAAUGCUUGUGGAUUAAUGUGGGCAAACAAGGGUACUCUGAGGAGUGUCUCUACAACCUUCAAAAUGAGUACCCAGAAUCCUUCCAAUCCAGAUGAGAAGGUAGGACACAUUGGAUCAGAAAUGAAGGAUGACAAGAAGGCAGUUCUUCCAUCAAACAAUCGUGAUUCAAUUGUGACCUCCGCUGAGAUGUUGAUAGUAAAUAAUUGGGAGGCUUCCACGAUCUGUAGAAAAUAUCUGUACUUACAGGAUAUUGGAGAUGGCAGAAUUUCUGGUGUCCAAGCGUACAUGAUCAACAUCUUCACAAGAGUGCCAUGCUUAACCUGUUCGUACUGAAAACUCUAUGACUGGCUGGGACUUGAUGCAAAUCUCUAGAACUCUAGAUAUCCUUGAGGAUCCUGAAAAAUAAACAAAUCAUAUGAUUUUAGCACUAAGUUACAAGUUAUAUUCAACUCUGUUGUGUUGCAGAGAGUCUAGAUCAAUAUUUUGAAUGUUUUGAACAACGGGGCUCAAGAAGUCGAUUUGCUUACAUGUUAAACCUUCUGAGACAUUGUUCCUUUUAAGAAGUGCAGUAAUCUAACUUGAACGGUUGUGGAUGGUUUUUGUAAGGCUGACACCUAGACAUCUUGUUUGUAUCCAUAGAUGUAGAAUGAUGUGAGAACAAUGGGCCUGUACUUGUUAACCAACGCUUUGAGAUGGCUUAUCUUUAAUACAUUUUGGUUUGCUU